AUACAAAUAUCUGCCAGCUCCCUAUGCAGCCUGGCCCAUGUCAGGCCUACGUGUCCCGCUACUUCUACAACUUGGCCACCAAGAAGUGUGAGAAGUUCAGGUAUGGCGGCUGCCAGGGCAACGGGAACAGGUUUGCCACCAAAGAUGAAUGUGUCGAGACCUGUGUGCGACCAGUUAAUCCCGUUUGCAAACUCCCUGUGGACUCUGGCUCAUGUUUUUCCUAUGAGACCCGCUACUUCUACGACUCGGUCACCAAGAAGUGUGGGGCGUUCACUUAUGGCGGCUGCGAGGGCAAUGGGAACAGGUUUGCCUCCAUCGACGAAUGUCUCAGGACCUGCGGAAGUGCAG